UUCAAUGGACCAAAAAAAGAAGAGAAUCCUGGGCCAAUCCCUUCCCAUCCCCACCUUCCAGUCCAGGAAGAAAAGGACACCAAUGAUGUCUUUCUUUUCUAAGGUGUCUGGGAAACUGAGGCUCCAGAAUCGGGAAUCUCUGAAGAAGGUGAUUUUCAUCUUUGCAGAAAGAGCCCAAGACUCCAGUGCUAAAAAGCGUCACAUGGCAAUGAAAGGACUAGGCACCCUGACCUGUGAAUCCCCGAAUAAGGUGAAAAAGUAUAAGAAAAUGGUCUUAGGCCUGCUGGUGCAUGGGCUGUAUGAUCCUGUGAGUUCUGACGUCAUCCAUGAAAGUAUGAAGAUACUGAGCAUCUUUCUGGGCAAGAUCCAGGGGAAAGGUUUGGGCUCCUUCUUCAUUGACAUCACUCUUCAGACCAGGACUCUAUUAGAUGAUGAGGAUGACAACCUGAGAUAUUCAGCCUUUGUCUUGUUUGGGCAAUUGGCUGCCUUUGCUGGGAAGAAAUGGAAGAAAUUUUUCACCGCUCAAGUUAAGCAGACCCGAGAUUCCCUCCGGGUCCAUUUAUGGGAUAGAAAUCCUCAAGUUGCCAAGGCUUGCAAAACAACUCUCCAAGCCUGUUCCCCAUAUCUGAGACUAAGGAAGGAAUACAGCUUCCAGAGUGAAGAAGAACAGCGGAACCCUAAACUCUGCCGGCAGCUGAGCCACUACCAUCCAGAGCUUCUGCAGUUCUUCUAUGCAAAUAAGAUUAUGUGAACUCAGAGCAGCGGGGAAAUGGUUCUACGUGAGCUCACUGCUGAG